AUGAUUCUUGCAACACGUUGUCUAAGUUCUCUUGUUGCAGCUUUAGCAAUUUUUGCAUCUACAACUAGUCUUAUAAUCCCAAAUUACCCUUCAUUACUCCUCAAUUACCUCACCAAAUUGAUUGUAACCACAUCCUCAUCAACCACACUUGUUGGGCUUGAAAGUUAUGAGCAUCAUCGACGAUACUCCGAUAAGGGCAAAACAGUAUCUGUUUGCGACGAUUUUCCGGUUGAUAUACCUCCUCCAGACACUAACACUGCCUCUUAUUUAUGCGUCGAUCGAAAUGGUUGCUGCAAUUUCACAACAGUUCAAGCAGCUGUUGAUGCUAUUGCUAAUAUAAGUAUGAAAAGGACCAUAAUUUGGAUCAACUCUGGCAUUUACUAUUAUGGUUCCAAAAACCAAACAGAACAGAACAUUCCAAGGACAAGGCUACACAUCGACUGCAAUCGCGUGGAACGACACUGCAAUUCUACUGGUGGAACAUUUUAUAGUGGUUCGGUUCAAGUUUUCUCUAACAACUUUGUUGCCAAGAACAUAAGCUUCAUGAUACAUCUUGUUGUAUUACACAACACACACUAUGGUCCGUUUGGGAGUGCUGUGUAUUUUGACCGCCUAAAUCUGACCGUGUUAAGAAUUUCAUUUGCAAUCGCAAUGGAAAAGGCAAAAGCACCUCAUUUUGCUUCUAAUUAG